AUAUGCAGGUAUUGCAUGCUCUUCGCGGCCAUCACGGUGAGGAGCCCAGUACGUGUGGCUUCUGAAUGGCGAGCGGAGGACCCAGCCUCUUGCCCAAGCGUUUCAAGUCCUCGUGCAGAUCCAGCGGCGCAGCCGCACAGCAGCACCCUCCAGCGGUCGCAGACGGCGGCGCUCUCACGAUCGAGCGACCCCGACUGCUUUCGGGAGCGGAGCCACAGGAACAAAGCAUUUCUCGCGAGAAUAAGGGCACUAUUUGCGCGCAUGCGCGAGCCGAGUUGGUCUCUUUUUUCGGUUAUUGCGGUGCGGGCCACCAUGAGCAGCAAGGUCUCCCGCGACACCCUUUACGAGGCGGUGCGGGAAGUCCUGCACGGGAACCAGCGCAAGCGCCGGAAGUUUCUGGAGACGGUGGAGUUGCAGAUCAGCUUGAAGAACUAUGAUCCUCAGAAGGACAAACGCUUCUCGGGCACCGUCAGGCUUAAGUCCACUCCCCGCCCCAAGUUCUCCGUGUGUGUGCUCGGGGACCAGCAGCACUGUGACGAGGCCAAGGCUGUGGAGAUCCCUCACAUGGACAUCGAGGCACUAAAAAAACUAAACAAGAAUAAGAAACUGGUGAAGAAGCUGGCCAAGAAGUAUGAUGCCUUUUUGGCUUCAGAGUCUCUGAUCAAGCAGAUCCCACGAAUCCUGGGCCCAGGCCUGAAUAAGGCUGGCAAGUUCCCUUCCUUGCUCACCCACAAUGAGAACAUGGUGGCCAAAGUCGAUGAAGUGAAGUCCACCAUCAAGUUCCAGAUGAAGAAGGUGCUCUGUCUGGCAGUGGCUGUUGGUCAUGUGAAGAUGACAGAUGAUGAGCUUGUAUACAAUAUCCACUUAGCUGUCAAUUUCCUAGUGUCAUUGCUCAAGAAGAAUUGGCAGAAUGUCCGGGCUUUAUAUAUCAAGAGCACCAUGGGCAAGGCCCAACGCCUGUACUGAGGCACAGCCUAAUAAACCCUAAUGCCACCAUUA